GACGGAUUUCUAGAUGGAAUAGCUGGCUCAGGGGGCUGGAGGUACGGCAGCAGAAGUCUGGUAGCUUUGAGACGCUGAAGUUUGGGGACGCGAGUCAAGGAUCACAGAGACUCAUCGCCAUUCUGGCUGCAAGGCGCCUGCUUGGAGCGGUGGGUGGCCCGGCUGUGGCCUCGGCGUGCGAGUGGGCUGCAUCAAGACCAGCACUUGCGACCAAGGCACUUGCCUCGGUUUGGCAAACCCCACGAGUGGCCACGCUCUGGACGUCGCGGGCUGCGACCAACGCUCGCCUUGAUCACUCACGCCAGAGCCUUGCCGGUGCCGCCCUUGUCUCCCGCCCCACCAUCAUCAUGAGUGACGACCCGGUCGUGCUGAAACGGCGCAUCGCUUUGCUGGUGCAAGAAAACGAGAUUCUUCGUGCUCGCCUUGCCACCUACGAAGGCGCGGCAGACGACACCACCGCCAGCAGCGCGCCCGCCAAGCGACCCAAGGUCGAUACCCAGGCCACGCGCGAGGCAUUUGACAACCAAGACGCGCUGCUUGAUGACGAGGAUAAUCCCUACUUUCCUCUCUCCAAUAACAAACGCGUCACCGUCAGCCGUUUCAAGGCCUUUACCCUCAUCCGUCUGGGCGAAGUUUACAACGAUAAUGGCAAAACCAAGCAGGGCAAGGGCAUCAGCCUCAAGGCUAGCGAGUGGGAAACGCUCAAGGAAAUCAGCGAAAGCGCGGAAAAGGCGUUUGCCGAGAACAACAAAGACUUUACCGCCAGCCUCGGAGAAACGCGCAAUGGCCUUCGCAGAUUGACCAUUAGCGACUUUCGCGACAAGCUUUAUUAUAACAUUCGCGAAUUCUACAAAGACCGCUCCGAUGAAUGGAAACCCACCAAGAAAGGUUGCAUGUUGACUGAAGACCAGUGGAGCAAGCUCAUGGACGUUGUGCCGGCGCUGGAUGCCGCCAUUGCAGAGUUGUCCGAAAAGUGAUGACCCUUCUACCAUCGCCCCUGAAAGCUUCAACAAAGCCAUUGAUGCCAAACGCGUUUCGUUUUUU